GUCCAGUGGAGGCAUGAAGGUGCGGAUCUAAUAUCCUUCUUCGUCAAGCUCUCCACCGAGUUCUGAUCAGUGGAGUUCCUCCGGAAAUCUUCGCUCUCUGCUUCGAACAUCCACGAAAUUGAGCUGAUCCGCCGAUCUCCGAAUCUCUCCGUCGUCGGCCUGCUGCUUCCUUCUCUCAUUCACCAUCCUGCACGGUUCCGCUUCACCGGCCAUCCACUCCCUUAGCCAAGACGGCAGCUGAAUCGGUCGAUUUUCGGCGAACCUGAUUGGCCGGGGUGGUGUCGCUACUUCAGCAGGUGUUCUUGAAUUUCUGGUUCGAGUUCGACGCGUCAUUGGCCGCGUCACAGGAGUUGGAAGCAGGGGAAGGCCCGUCGGCGUUGGCCUUUCUCCGCUCGUUGUAUAUUAGUCGGUUUGUAGGUCGGCUGGAUCAGACGGAAUCCGCGUGUGGUUGCAACCGGUGGCAGCAAUGGACAAGUCGAGCACGUUGGAUUACAUCAAUCAGAUGUUCCCUACAGAGGCGUCUCUCUCUGGUGUUGAGCCGCUGAUGCAGAAGAUACACAGUGAGAUUCGUCGAAUUGAUGCCGAAAUUCUCAGUGCUGUUCGCCAACAGAGUAAUUCGGGAACGAAAGCUAAAGAAGAUCUUGCCACCGCCACAAGUGCUGUUGAGGAGCUCAUGUACAAAAUUAGGGAAAUAAAAACCAAGGCUGAGCAAAGUGAAACGAUGGUACAAGAAAUCUGCCGAGACAUCAAGAAGUUGGACUUUGCUAAGAAGCAUAUAACCACUACCAUAACUGCCCUUCACCGUCUUACCAUGCUAGUCUCUGCUAUUGAUCAGCUUCAAGUUAUGGCCUCAAAACGACACUAUAAAGAGGCAGCUGCACAAUUAGAGGCUGUAAACCAACUAUGUAGUCAUUUUGAAGCAUACAGGGACAUCCCAAAAAUUACAGAGCUUCGGGAGAAGUUUAAGAAUAUCAAACAAAUUCUCAAGUCCCACGUUUUCUCUGAUUUCUCUAGUUUAGGUACUGGGAAAGAGAGCGAAGAAACAAAUUUACUGCAGCAGUUAUCUGAUGCUUGUUUAGUGGUUGAUGCAUUGGAGCCAUCAGUGAGGGAAGAGUUGGUAAAUACUUUCUGCAGCAGAGAGCUUACAUCAUAUGAACAGAUAUUUGAAGGAGCUGAAUUAGCUAAGCUGGAUAAAACUGAACGGAGAUAUGCCUGGAUCAAGCGUCGGAUAAGAACCAAUGAAGAGAUUUGGAAAAUCUUUCCUUCUUCCUGGCAUGUGCCUUAUCGCCUGUGUAUCCUGUUCUGCAAGAAGACUAGGAAGCAGAUUGAAGAUAUUCUCAGCAGUAUGCAAGAAAAACCCGAAGUUGGAACCUUAUUACUGGCACUGCAACGAACUCUAGAAUUUGAGGAUGAACUGGCUGAGAAGUUUGGAGGAGGCACUAGGAGCAAAGAGAUUGUUAAUGACAAAGAAGACAGUGAUACUGGGGACAAUAACAGUCAAAUUGUCCUAGAUAUUCGGAAAAAGUACGAAAGAAAGCUUGCUGCACAUCAAGGAGCUGAGACUGAAGAAAAGGACAUACACAAGGAUUUGUCAGUGCCUGGAGCUGGGUUCAACUUCCGAGGAAUCAUAUCAUCUUGCUUUGAACCUCACUUGACAGUAUAUAUAGAAUUAGAAGAGAAGACACUAAUGGAGCAUCUAGAGAAACUGAUCCAGGAGGAAACAUGGGAUAUUGAAGAAGGAAGUCAGAAUAAUGUUUUAUCUAGUAGCAUGCAGCUAUUCCUUAUAAUCAAGAGGAGCUUAAAGCGAUGCAGUGCUCUGACUAAGAACCAGACAUUAUUCAAUUUGUUUAAGGUUUUCCAAAGAGUUCUCAAAGCAUACGCUACGAAGCUCUAUGCUAAACUACCAAAAGGAGGUUCUGGAAUUGUUGCUGCAGCCACUGGUAUAGACGGCCAAAUAAAGACUUCAGAUAGAGACGAGAGGAUCAUAUGCUAUAUAGUGAAUUCAGCAGAAUACUGCCAUAAAACGUCCGGUGAGCUUGCAGAAAGCAUAUCAAAGAUAAUUGAUCCCCAAUUCACCGAUGGUGUGGAUAUGACAGAAGUGCAGGAUGAGUUCUCAGCAGUGAUAACUAAAGCUCUUGUCACUCUAGUUCAUGGACUCGAAACUAAAUUUGACAUUGAAAUGGCUGCAAUGACUCGAAUCCCUUGGAAUACCCUUGAAAGUGUGGGUGACCAGUCAGGGUAUGUGAAUAACAUAAAUCUGAUGCUCAAUAACAGCAUUCCUGUGUUGGGGAGCCUCCUAUCAUCCAUCUAUUUCCAGUUCUUUCUAGACAAGCUUGCAUCAUCUCUUGGUCCACGUUUCUUUAGCAAUAUCUUCAAGUGCAGGCAGAUUUCAGAAACAGGAGCCCAACAGAUGCUGCUGGACACUCAAGCCAUAAAGACUAUUCUUCUGGAUAUCCCUUCUCUGGCGCGGCAGACAUCAAGUGCUGCUAACUACACAAAGUUUGUAAGCCGGGAGAUGAGCAAAGCAGAAGCACUUCUCAAGGUCAUAUUAUCUCCUGUUGAUUCUGUUGCGGAUACCUAUCGUGCAUUGUUACCAGAGGGAACCCCGAUGGAGUUUCAGCGUGUUCUAGAGUUAAAGGGGCUGAAGAAGGCUGAUCAGCAAAGCAUACUGGACGAUUUCAACAAACAUGGGCCUGGGAUUACCCAGCCUCCUGCAUCGGUAGCCCCAGCUGUUGCACCAGCAGCCCCUCCUCCAGCAUUACUCAACGCAGCAUCGGCCGGUUUCAUUGCUUCUGGCGAGGAUGUGCUAACCCGAGCUGCUGCUCUAGGAAGAGGUGCUGCCUCCACGGGUUUCAAGAGGUUCCUUGCCCUCACUGAAGCUGCCAAGGACCGAAAGGAUGGGCCUUUCAGGAAGCUCUUCAAUGCCUGAGAAGUAAUGCGCCUCAAUCGUGCCAAGCUUAUUAAUUCUAGUAGAAAUCCGGAUUGCGACUGCUCUUGGACCUCCUGGUCCAAACAAAUUCUUGAGGCCAUUCAUUGCGAGGGGAUGGAGGCUCCUCCUGGCACAGUAAUUUAGGCGUCUCGUGUUGUGGAUAGUGUUGUAGAGAAGAGGAGAUGACCCUGACAAAGUUAUUAUACAUUUUCCAGCUCAAGAUUAGGUACUUGUAGAUAGAUGACGGGAACUGGCUUAAAGUUUUGUAAAACAAAUGAGCAUUCCUUCCAGCAGUUUCGUUGAGUUGGGAAGAGUGAGUUGAUUGAGCCGCCGACUUAGAGUCGGCAUUUUCAUUGUACUACUACCAACUAUUGUUCCUGCGCUGGUGGGCAUUCGAUUCUUGCCCGGGGAAAUUACUUCUCUUUCAGGACAUGUUUCUAUGCUUUGUGUUAUUUGGGAUGCAAUAAUAAGUGGUGUAUUGCUAAAAGAGAACAGAUGCGAAAAAUAAAGUUCAUUUUUUUCCCCCA